AUGAUGGAGUGGCAGCAGCAGCAGCAGCAGCAGAUUCAGAAUCAACAGCAAAUAAUCCACCAUUUGCAAAACCCAGAAGAUGGGAUUGGAAAUGGGAAUGGAGGGUUGUACGUGAAGGUGAUGACGGACGAGCAAAUGGAGCUGCUGAGGCGACAGAUCGCUGUCUACGCCACCAUUUGUGAGCAGCUUGUUGAGAUGCACAAGGCCGUCACUGCUCAACAGGAUCUUACUGGAAUGAGACUAGGGAAUUUUUAUUGUGAUCCAUUCAUGGCAUCUGGUGGCCAUAAGAUAACUGCAAGGCAGCGCUGGACCCCAACACCUGUGCAACUUCAAAUGCUUGAGCGGAUUUUCGAGGAAGGCACUGGAACUCCAUGCAAGCAGAAGAUCAAAGAGAUAACCAUGGAACUCACACAACAUGGCCAGAUAUCUGAAACAAAUGUCUACAACUGGUUCCAGAACAGGAGAGCUCGUUCAAAAAGAAAGCAAUCUGUGCCAGCACAAAACAAUGGAGAAUCAGAAGCAGAGCCAGAAGUUGAAUCUCCCAGGGAUGAAAAGACAAAACCAGAGGACAUCAUGUCCCUUGACAACUCUGCACCGAGGGCGGAAAAUAUGUACCUUCAAAGUCCCGAGUUAGGAUUUGGAAAUUUUGAUUGGUAA